AUUGUUAAACUUGACUGUUGGUCUACUCGCAAGCCUGCCCCGAAACGGCAGACCAAACCACACUCCAUGCAACUUCCUCUAACUUGACGACCAAGUUGGGUUGCAGCCCGCCUUCGAUAUGCCUUGCUUUCGGGGACUCGACGUCUCCAUUGUCACGCAUCCUGGUACCAAGAAACUCCCCGAGUUUCCUCAUUCUGACGCCUCGUCUGUCCGGAUCCUCCCGCCGACUAGAUGCACAUCGAGCUCCUGGGAGUCUGAAGCAGGCGGUUCGAACGUAGAUUCGUCCCGAAUCCAAAAGGUGAACCCACUAGUUUCUGUAUACAUCCCAUCUGCACCAGGCUCCCAGUUCGGGGUUCACUACUCGAUCAAUCGGAUACCAGAACCCCCAUGCCAACUCUACUUCAAGAUCUUUCUGAACGGAAGGAGCAUCGCAAGCUGGGGAAUCAACCCUGCUGUUCAGUCAUCCGGCUCCGUUACACGUGCCCUUUUUGAACCGGAUGAUCGCUGGCACUACAAAGAGGACGGAGUCCUUCACCGGAGAGAGGGCAUCGAGGCCCGCUGCUUCUACUUUUUGCCCAAUUCCAGCAGGGCUUCAGUAGCAGAGGACGGAGGCCUAAUUGAGGUUCAAGUCUUUCGAUCCAAGGGUCGCAAGCGACGGGCUCCGGUAUUGGGCCAGCACCGAGGCCAGGAAUCGUACGGCAUAGCCUCGCCAUCCGGAGGUCUCUUGGAGAGUCCAGAAAAUGCCUACUAUUACGAUUGGCUGUUGAUCGACCCUAGGGAAUUCCCGUUUGUUUCCUUCCGCUUCCACUACCGCUCAUGGACAAACCUUCGCCAGUUGAGUCUGGUCCCGGCACAUGCAAUUCUCAAUGGCUCCGACACUGAUGACGACCACGUCAAGUCACACAAUAACACCCCCGUUUCCUCUCGGGAAGAGCACACAGACAACUCCGGCUCUGCUCUCGCCCUAGGUGGGAAUACAUUGGAGGAUAAAAAUGAGGAAGAUCUCGUAGCGAGGCUCUUGAACCUGCUGCAACUACCAGCUCCAACAUACCUACCAUCAUUGAAAACGAAGACGAUAAUCAAGUCUUUGCCUCAUGCAUCUACCUAUCGCCCCCUUCCUGAAAUUCCUGAGGUAGGUGCAGCCUCGAGGAAAUCAUACGAAUCCUACACGCCUUCGAUCGCGCCUUCUCUACUUCCUU